CAUGCCUGAUCCGUCCAAAUCAGCUCCGGCACCCAAGAAGGGUUCUAAGAAGGCCGUCACGAAGGCGCAGAAAAAGGAUGGCAAAAAGCGUAAGCGCAGUCGGAAGGAGAGUUAUUCCAUCUAUGUGUACAAGGUGUUAAAGCAGGUGCACCCGGACACCGGUAUUUCAUCCAAGGCUAUGGGUAUAAUGAACUCGUUCGUCAACGACAUCUUCGAACGCAUUGCUAGCGAGGCCUCUCGUUUGGCGCACUACAACAAGCGGUCUACCAUCACGUCCCGGGAGGUGCAGACGGCCGUGCGCCUGCUGUUGCCCGGUGAGCUAGCUAAACACGCCGUGUCCGAAGGUACCAAAGCCGUCACGAAGUAUACCAGCUCCAAGUGAGGCACGCCCCGGCUCCCGGGAACCCAAAGGCUCUUUUCAGAGCCACCCACAAGAUCGAGAAAGGGUUUCGAACACGUGAAGGGUUGUUAUGUAA